GCUUCGAUUUAAGGCCGCCAAAACGACCGUAUUUUCAUUGCACGUGCCGUUUUUGCAACACGAGCCCCACCCCCAAAGUUAUUGUUUGCUUGGCUUUAGGUCAGAGGUGCAGCUAUGUUGAUUUAAUACCAUGGCCGAAAAUUGAACAUAGGUUAUGAAGCUCUUGUGAGCUGUCAUGAAAAGCUGGUUUCUGAAAUUGCUCAAGACCCAAAGCAGAUGGCUGUCACAUUAUUCCAGCAUCGCUUCAUAUUUGAGGAUACAAAAGCUAAAAUCAAUGAGCUAGACAGAACCAGAAGAGAUAAAGCUAUAUUGCUAGUGGAUGACAUUGAAAGCAAAGUCAAGUGUUAUCCAGAGUUCUAUGAAAAAUUCCUGUUCAUUCUCGGUGAAAACAAAUUGCUGUAUUGUGACCUUUUGAAAUCGCUCCAAGAGGAGAAUGAAACUGAGUUUAAAGAAGAAGUACCUACCAUGAACGAUGGAGGAACACUACCUGAUCCAUUAGAGCACCCUCCUGAUGACACUGAAGUAGGAGCGGACCUCAGAGCAAAAAACCAACAAAAGCUUGAAAAGAAGGAAAUCAAAAGGACCACUCUAUGGCUCAUCUGGGGUAACCUUAUUGGGUGCAAUGAGCACUUUUGGUUUAGUACUGCAUUACAACAAUCGGUAUUUGCUCGUUGGUACUACCAGUGUGGCACAAAUUCACCGGCAAUCUGUACCACUGAUUGGAACACUUGACAAUCCAUCAACUUUUGAUAGUGUUAGGUUCUCAGAACCAACCAACGGAACAGACUUUGUCCCCAUUAGCUUCUAUACAUUGAGGAAUUGCUCUUCUUCAGCUGCAUUUAUAGACGUCGAGAUCAACGAGAUGGUGAUUGUAAACUUUGGCUCCUCAACUGACAAGAGCAAAGCUGUUACUGAGUUGUAUCUGGCGAGAAAUACUACAAUUAUUGUAGGUGUCAUCACUGACAUCAUCCCAACCUAUGCGACCAAUCACUGUGUUGCAUUUCUCCUUGUUUAUGACGAUUUUACCAACUAUAUAAACUUUGUUUCCAAUUCUGAAGAAUUGGAAAAUAAUUUUUAUCACAAAGAAUGUAUUGUUAAUGAAGAUUCACAAACGAUGAAUAUAUCAUUCAACACCCCAUCGUACUACUAUAUUGGUGUUUAUACAGAUAUUCCGACUGAAGCUAAUACUUUCUCUUUACACUUUCUUGGAACAUUUUUUCAAUAUAACAUUUCAAACAGGAACGCUGGUUGCUCUAUAGACUCUAUUGUUGCUUUUUUAAGCUGUGAAUUUUCUCCAAAUACUAACUCCAUGUCCAAGGAAACUUGUAUUGUUGGUUCUGUACCACCUAGUAUUACAUCAUUAGGAAUAAAAGGAUCAAAUGUAAACUUUUACACUGCUGUCGUUUCAGCCACAAAAAGUGUGAUCUAUUCUAGUCUUCCUAUAAUUAUUGUUGUUUGCAUUAUUUGCAUUGUGAGUUCCACCUAUUGUUGUUGCUGGUGUUAUCAAACGAAGACCAAAGACCGUUAUUUUCUACACUAGUUAACAUUAUUAUGCAUUGUAUAUUGCUUAUGUUGAAUUGGUUCAUGAAUGUAAUUGUAUUCUUCAAUUGGUAACU